AUGCCUCAAGACCCGAACCUCUACGGCCGACCGGCCCCGAAACGCCAGCGCAAGGAAAUGGACCUCUCGAGCUCCCUCUCCUUUGCCGCUCAGAUGUCCUCACUGCUCCAGAAACCCGGCCAGCCAUCAGCCUCCACCUCCACAUCGUCAUCAGCCAGGCCACGCCCAUCCAAAUCAUCCGAGAUCUUCAAAACGAAACGCAACGCCAACGAUGCAUCGACCACAAACGACAAGGCCCGCUCCGGCCGCACCACUACAGCCACCACCACCACCACCAGCAAAAAGGACAAGCUCCGCCUUCGCUCCCCGACAGGUACCUACGACACCGAGCGCGACCGCGAAGCCGCACGGCUGAACAUGGAGGAAAAAGCCCGGCGGUACGCCGCCAUGAAGCGGGGCGACUACGUUCCGACCAGCAACAGCGACCGGGCGCCGCUCGUCGACUUUGAUCGCAAGUGGGCAGAGAAGCACCUCGACGAAGCCGGCAACCGCAUCGACGACGCAUCCUCCUCCUCCUCAUCCUCCGACGAGGACGACAACAACGACACGGAACUAGUGACAUACACUGACGAAUUCGGCCGCGCCCGGCGCGUAACCACCGCGCAGGCACGGCGGCUGGAGCAGCGCGCACGGUCCGGCUUGGCCGCCGCCGCAGACCUGGUGGAAAUGUCGGCGCGGCCGGCGGCGCCGCAAGGCUUGAUAUUCGGCGAUGCAAUCCAGGGCGAGGCGUUUGCGGCGGCCGACGCCGAUGCCAUGGAGAAUCUGGCACGGAAGCGGGACCGGUCCGCUACGCCGCCUCCCGCGACGCAUUACGAUGCGCGGCAGGAGAUGCGCGGUCGUGGUGUCGGGUUCUAUUCAUUCACGGCGGGCGACGAGGAGGCAAGGAAGAGGGAGAUGGAGGGGUUGGAGGCCGAAAGGCGCGAGACGGAGAGGGUCAGGGCCGAGAGGGAGGAGAAGCUCCGCGCGAGGAGGGAGGAUGCCGAGAGAAGGAGGCGGGAGAUUGAGGAGCGGAGGAGGGAGGUAGGGGAGAAGAGGGCCAAGAAGCUCGCUGAGAACUUUUUGGACGGCUUGGGGAUGGAUCUGGGCGGUGCUGGUGCUGCGGUUGAUCCUGCUGUCAAGGGGCAAAAGGAUGAGGAGAGCAGAACUUCAGAUAGUCCUCUCCCCGACGGCGCAAGUAGACCUGAGGAUGGGACUGAAGCAGACGACAAGAAGUAG